AUGAAAAGAUUAGACAACGGCAUUAUUGGAAAUUUUGUUAUUCCUAAAAAGCCUAAAAUUGAGGAUGAUAAAAUAAAGAAAACAACAAUUACAUCACAAAGUUCUAGUAAUGGAAAAAUUGGUGGAUCUAUUCUUAAAAAUCCGUCUUUGGAAACGUCCACGUCAACUUCUCGUAUUAUUCACAAUCCAGCAAACAGUUCUAUUUGGACGGGAUCAUUACGUUUUGGAGAACAAAUUGUCGAAUCUAUUGACCUUUACCCGCCAAUGCGGGAAUGCUCUAAACCUUCGGGAUUUUCAUCAUGUUUGGAAAUGCAGCAAUUAACAAAAUGUAAAGAUUUUGUUAAUUAUUGGCCGAUACAAGAAUUAAUAAAAGAAAUUACUCGUAAUAACAACGAGAAAUCUCCUCUUCUCAAAAAACGUUCAAUAAUUAUUUGUUCUUCUUCUGAACAACAAAAAACAACAAUUCCUGUCCGCAUCUCUUAUCUUUAUUUAAUUAAUACAUUUUCGCCUCUUUUUGCCAGAAUUUGCAAGGAAAUGGUGGAAAAGGAAUUGAUAGCUUUCGGCAUUCUCAGUGAUUAUUCCCUUCUUUUUCUUAUUCCCAAUGGUCAAUUGUCAACGCAACUUGGAAUUCCUAGUCGUGACGGUCCUGUUCUUCAUUGUUUAUUUAUUUCAAAUAUUUCUGGAAUUAAAAACAAAUUUGAACUUUACAAUUUGGAUACAAUUCCUCGCAGUCCUUCUGUUAACGAUAAAAUAAGUGGAAUUGAUCCAAAAAUGUUUGCUAAAUUAGAAUCUUACCAAAAAGAAAGUCUUUUGCCUGUAAACAGUUUAAAUACUCAAAGAAGUAGUUCUUUAGCAGCAACACAACCAAAACAAUUAGAAUCUAUAUUUACACCUAAUCAACGUCCUCCUGGAGGAAAACCUGUAACUCCUUAUAUUCCAACACCUUCUACUACUAAAUAUCCACAACAAUCAUCAAUUAAUCGACGUUUUCCUUCUGCUUCUCCAAAUUUUAAUUCUUCGAAUAUUAGACCUUCAAAGCAAUACUUUCCUUCAAGUCAACAGCAACAACAAUUCCAUCCUUAUACUCAACAACAACAACAACAUCCACCUACAACAUCUACUAAUUCUUCUAAUUUUCUUUCAAUGCUUCUUAUGCCCCCUCCUCCCCCACCACCUCCUCCUCCUCCCCCACCUCCACCUGAAUCUGAGGAUAUUUCUCCUCCAAUAAUUAGCGAUAAAAAUGAAAUUAUUUCUUCUUCAACUUUGGAACAUAGACAAAAAAAUAAGGCAAUGAUUGCAAAUGCUUUUGAACAAAUUCGAAGUAUUGGAAAGACUUCUUUGAGUGAAGGAGGGACAUCUUCUUCAAAAACUUCUCAAACUUCAUUAGAACAACAAAAGACUCAACAAAAACAACAAUCAGAUAAUUUAAUUAGAGAUCCGAGAUUGUCUAAACGUUUAACUGAAUCACAACAACCUCCUCCUCCUCCUUCUAUUUCUUCUUCUAAAGAAAUUUUUGAAAAGAAAAAUGGAAAUGUGAAAGUUGAAGAAAUUGUUGAAGAAAAAGUUGAUAAAGAUAUUAAAAUUAAGGAAGGGCCUGUUGAAGUAUUAAAUGAAUCUUCGCCUAUGGAAAUUGGUGAUGAAGAUUCUUCAUUAUUGUCACGUCCUUAUAGCCCUUCACAAGUUUUUAUGUCAUCUCCUGAACCUAUGGAAGAGGAUGAACAAUUAAAUAUUUGUGUAUCUUCAAAAGAAAAAGAAGAAUUAAAAAAGGAAGAGGGUGAGAAUAUUAAAAAUAAAUCUGAAAAUGAGAAAAUAAUUUGCGAAGAAGAUAAAAAAAUAAAAGAAAAAUCAGAACAGUCAAUUGACAAUAUUGCUGGAAUUGAGGGUGGAGAGAUGCCUAUGGAUAUUUCUGUAUCGUCUGCUGAUGUUAGCUUCUUCUCUUUUGUUUCCUUUCUUUUAUCUCUCAAAGAAUUUUCAAAAAUUCUUGAAAAAUAUUUUUUGGAUUUUUUGUUUUUAUGCUCUCUAUUGCAAAAAGUUAGAAAAAUCUAAAAUAUCCGUCCCUAAUUGACAGAUAUUUUAACUUUUAUUUAAAUUAGAAUCUCUUCUUUAAAGCAUAAAUAGAAGAAAUUCUGAACAUUUAAUUAAUUACGAAAUUAAAAUCAAAACAAUUUAUUUAAAAUAUAUCCACAAAACCCAAAAUCACCCCAAAAUCUAUCUCAUUAUUUCCUUCUUUCUUUCCUUUUCCUUUCUUUUUCCUCUCUUCUCUCAUCUUUUAGUUUUUACAGUUAUCCAAACAA